AUGUCGGACGAGCCAUUGCCGUCACUACGAACCCUCCCCCCAUUCCUCCCUCUUUCCCCUUCUUUCCAGACGAAAGCGUUACAACCGGCAUGUAUUUCUCGCUGGCCAGCUGCGAAGCAGCCACCACUGCCGGCGGCGGCGUCCCCAUCUCAGUCGACUUACCCCGACGACAAAAAGGACUCGAUCGGCAGUCUGCUGUUAGCAUAUCCGAUGAGCUCGGGCGAAUCACUCAUUAUGUCACCGGAUGGCAGCGCCAGCCAAAGAGACUCGGCCCCAGUAUAUGCCUCCGAUCGGUAUGAAACAAGGGGAAGAAGGAUUUUGACGACCAACCUAUUGUCUUCCGUUGACAAUGAACACCACGGCGCACAAAGCUUCACGGUCAAUAAGGGCCUGCCGCCUCACCUGGCAAACUACAACAAGCAAGGGCCGCUCGCUCCGGCCAAGCCGGACCAGACUCCGACUGUUGGCAGCCCGACAAGCCUUGUCUCGAGCUCAUUGCCGCAGCGACCAUUUUGGGGGAGUUCUUCUGUAAAAUCUAACCGCAAAAUAGAAGUCUCCGAACUUCAACUAGCAGUCAGCUGUGGGUCGACGGCCGCCUUGCAACCAUACACCGCGCAAACCUCAUACUCGGUCGCAUCCCCUGCAACCGAGCGACAACAGCAGUCGUCCCCUCGCAGCACAUCAAAUGUGCCCCGCCGACAUACUCGACCCGUCCCCUUCCAAAACCAGACGUCGGAGGCAGGCAACAUGGGCCAAGAGGUCUCAACAUCGAAGGGCAAGAUCUCGCACCUGCGCGAUGGCCAGGAAGACGCAAACUGGGGAGCUUCUUACAGCGAGGCGACGCUCUCGCCGACCCAGUGCUUGCCGACGUCCAACAACGAGAACGAGGAUGUCAAGGUGCACAUUGUCGACAGAGUCGUGUCGCCCGUUUUGAUAGCUUUGUCUCCUGGAUCUGCAUGUGACCAACCAAACAGCAAGCCGAAGCCGCCGAUUCCGCACAAGGCAGUCACGGCGCGCAACUUACAAACCACCCACAGCCUGCCUCAGAUGCGGGUGGGAGGGCCCGUCACCAGCAACGAAACCCCUCUUACCAUCACGAGAGACUUCGCAGUCAGCCCCGUCAUUCCCCAUGCCCGGAACCAAUUGUCGCCUCGCUCCGCCCACAGCCAGCAAAAGCUACAAAAGGGCCAAUGGCAGCAGUUAUCCCGGGAGAACGCGCACUACGCGCCUCGUGCGCCGGCACCGAGCCCCGCUCAGGGUGAUCAGCGGCCAACCUCGCGAGACCCUCGCCCUCACCCGCAGCCGGACGACUACCGCCGGUUCAAGAUUAAAGGCCGGCCGGCUGUCGACCCGCGCCCGUCCUACUUCCUCUUUCAAGACUCGGAGAGUCCCAGCCUCGGCAUAAUUUACAAGGCGCUCCCGCUCAAGGAGAGGAUGCUUGACUGCUACGUCAAACACCGCGUCAUGGACCGCACGCGCAAUCGCAAAUACGCCCUCACCUGCCAGACGUGCGGCAAGGCCGACACGGAAGACCGCUACCAGUGCCAAUUCUGCUAUGUCCGCAUGUGUGGCUCGUGCCUGCAGGUCUUCAACAGCAAUCGCAGGGAUCUUAGGAAGCUCAUGGCGCAUUUGGAAGGCAAUCCGCACAGCGGCGGCUCGCAGAAGCGUCCUGCCACAGCUGCAAGUAUCGAGCCGACAGGGAAGAUGGGAGAGCAGAAGCAGCAUACGGUGAAGGUAUCAGUGGAAGAAUACUAUCAGGCCCAGUCUCAACAGGUUGCGGCUUGA